AUGUUAUUUCCACCUUCAUACGGAGAGUCUGUCCUGAUACCCCGCUUUCGAACUCGUCCAUACGAGACCCCGAGUCCUACUACAUAUAUCAAUACCGACGUAUGUACAUUCACGGAAAUCGCGAUGGCGGACAUCAGAACUAGAAUCCUUGAGGCGGCCGACGCCCAUAUUUCUCUAAUUUCUCAAAUGUCGGACUUAGAACAUGCUCCUUUUACUCUUGAACAGCAAUCCAAAUACCUCGCCGACUUGAAAAAGACACUUACAAGCCUCAAGACGGAGCUUGAAAAGCUCAGAAAAAUCACUAGCAAAGAGCGAAAAGGUCACCAGGAUCUUCGGGAUUCAUUCGCUCGUCGAUAUGCCCACAAGUUGACUGGCCGCUCUGAAAAAUUCGUAUCCAAAAUUGAAAAAGAAGAACGAGAGUAUCUUGACGCACUGCACAACGAACGGGCUGCCGAGGAGAAAGAACGAUACUUAGAAGAUACAAUCGCCGAGACAGAAAACAGAGUUGCGGAGCUCACAACUCAAACAAACCAGUACGUGAACCUUAAGGAGCAGUCUGAACAACUCUAUAAGAAAGUAUUCGACGGACCGACUCCAGAGUUUCCGGAAGAGGAUCAAAUGGAAGUUGCAGUUCAGCACGCCAAGGAUUUCUUUGCCGAAGCCCAAUCCAGGUGCAACAGCGACCAAGAAGCCGAAAAGCUCAUGUUCAAAGCCGAAAAGUCAGUCGCGAGGGCGGUUAAAUUCUGCGAUGAAGCUCUAUCCGCUUCCUCUUGGGACGUCUGGGGCGGCGGUACCGUUGCCGAUAUGAUCGAGCGAGAUAAUCUGAGCAAGGCCAAGUCAACUGUGUCCCAGGCGCAAAUGCUUUUAGGCCAAGCGAUCGAUCUCCAAGAUGCAAUUGGACCUUUCGAUACCGUCAAAGUCGCAGGUGGCCAUACCACUGAAAUUUUUCUCGAUAAUCCAGUCUCCGAUUAUGAAUUCCAUAAGAAGGUGAAGGAAACCUAUGUUCAGAUGAGGUUGUUGCAUCAAAAGGUCCAGCUCGAACUCCAGGCGCAAAGAGGAAGAGCACUUGACUCGAAAAAUAACAUGGAAGAUGCCAAAGCGCAGUUAGCAGCUGCUCGCGGAGAAUUGGAAAAGGUUCGAAGAGAGGUAUUCGAGCGUGUUACUGGUAUUUCUUGCUCAACGGGGACUCCUCCAGCAUAUGACGCUAUGGACUCGCCGCCAGCUCUUGAUCCUGAUGAGAUACUAGUUGCUUAA